GUAGGCUAGUGGACGCGCGAAAGAAUUUCCUUAAUCGGCCGUUUUUGAGGUUACAUUUUCCGUGUUGAGCGUGAACCUGAGGCUACUGAACUAUGGUCGGCUAGAGUUUGAUUAUUCGGUUCUCGGCGAGUCGGAUGAAAAAAAAUUACACGAAUUUUUCGUUGGCCCGGGUGGUGAUUCGACAGUGCGUCAGUCAGCACCCGGCCGCCGUGGCGUGAACACCUCGCCUGCUCAGUUGCAGUCGCGACCCCGAGUUGUGCUAACAAUCCAUAGUACAAAGCUAACGUACAAAUUUUUUGCAGUGACGUGAAUUUUAUAAAUUAAAAAAAAAAGUGACAGUGCCUUUAAAAAGUGGAAGUGCCAGGAUUAUUGUCUCUGGAUGAACGGAACGGUGACUGGUUUUAAAAUUGGAAGAGUUCGACAUUGUUGAAAUAAAAUACAGUGACCGGGAACAAGACCAAGAAAUUAAAUACAAUAAAACAAAACAGUGCCUUAAUGUAGAAAACAUAUUAAAGAAGAAAGAAGAGAUUAAAAAAAACACCACGGAGACAAAAUGCCAAAAAACUUACUGCUCUUCAAAAAGUUAAUACCGGAGCUGAAUUUUGCAAAGAGAAACCUCACUUCCCCGUUGGGUCGAAAUAUAUUUAUCAGCUAAAAAAGGUGCUUAAAAAACAAAAGUACUUCAAAUCAUCAACAUAGUUGAAAACAGUUAACGUGCCAUAAGUCAAAAACAGUUUAUGGUAAUUUAAAAACAAAACAGAGUUGCCUUACGACAAAGUCGACUUUUCAAAAAAGGAACAGCAAAUUAGAAAAACCAAACCAGACAACAACAACAAAAAAACAGUGAUACUAGUGAUUAAAAAACCAAACGAAAUGCGAAUCCAAUUCGCGGUGCGCACACAAAAAUACUUACCGAAAAUAACGUAAAAACUUUUUUCACCUCCAAAAAAAGAGAAAGAAAAAACUUUCGCGGCAAUGAACAACAAUCAAUUCUGUGACUUAUUCGGCUCGCAAUGGCCGCCGGACCCUAACGGCGGGCACUCGUCCUCCACCAUGAUGCACCCCCACACGCCGCCGCUUCCCCAGGGGAUGCAGCUGAAGCGGGAGCCCCAUGAUGUGAACAUGCACUGCUCCCAGGGCAUGGGCAUGGGCAUGCAGGACAUCACAUCAGGGUCCGUCGCUGACAGCACGUCUCCGCCGCCCGGCAGCAGUGAUGGAAUGUUCGGAUCUUCCAUCUCUGGAAUGUUUAUGGACAAAAAAGCGGCUAAUUCUAUACGAGCCCAAAUCGAGAUAAUCCCGUGUAAAGUAUGCGGCGACAAGUCCUCGGGGGUGCACUACGGCGUCAUCACUUGCGAGGGCUGCAAGGGCUUCUUCCGACGCAGCCAGAGUACAGUGGUGAACUACCAGUGUCCGCGCAACAAGGCCUGCGUGGUGGACCGAGUGAACCGCAACCGAUGCCAGUACUGCCGCCUGCAGAAGUGCCUGAAGCUGGGCAUGAGUCGUGAUGCUGUAAAAUUCGGCCGCAUGUCGAAGAAACAGCGUGAGAAGGUGGAGGAGGAGGUGAAGUAUCAUCAGGCGCAGAUUCGAGCCCAAACCGAUGCUGUCCCGGAUUCGGUGUUCGACGCCCAAUGCCAGACGCCAAGCUCCAGCGAUCAGUAUCAUUACAACUACUCCAACUACGCGUCACCGUUCACCUACAACAACGCAGGCCCGACCCUCCCCUCCGCCAUGGGGGGCAUGACUCAGCAGAACGCUCAGCAGACGUACGACGUGUCUGCCGACUUCGUGGUGGACUCCACCACGGCUUACGAGCCUAAACCGACCGGGUUUCUGGAUAACAACUUCAUUGGCCACGAUGAGCAACCGAAAGGCCAGACCCCCGUGGUCCGAUCCACCGGGUCCACUUCGACUUCUACCAACACCACGACUACUCUCCGACAAACCACCGCCACCGAAGUACCCCGACGAAUCCAGGAAUUCGACCGCUAUGAAGAGCGAAUACAGUCACCACCAACUAUAUCCAGUGGCGUCAUCAGCAUCAAGCAGGAGAUCAAACCCGAGACCUCAAUGGGGGUAGACAAUCUAGUAGCCAGCUACGUCGACUCGACAACCUUCCUGCACAGUCCGUCGAACAUCCAGCACAGCCCUAUGGAUAUACAUACGUCAGUGCUCGUCAGUGGUCAGAGUUCAGUGUCUCUGACGAGCGAGGAGUUGAGUCCUGAUGACCUGACGUCUAGCAGCGGCCACAGCCGGUUCGACCCACUCAACAUGAACUGCUCUGGGAUGGGCAUGGUCAACCCUAAUGCCGUCUCCACGCGGCGCCACCAGGGGUCGUCCUGCCACAGUGGCUCCAGUAGCGACGACAUGCCCUCCGAAGGUGACAUCAGCAAGGUUCUGGUGAAGAGCCUGGCCGAGGCCCACGCCAACACAAACCCGAAGCUCGAGUACAUUCACGAGAUGUUCAGGAAACCACCAGAUGUGUCCAAGCUUCUCAGCUACACGUCCAUGUCGUACGAGGAGACCUGGCUCGACUGCGCGGACAAGCUCACCAGCAUGAUCCAGAACAUCAUCGAGUUUGCCAAACUCAUCCCCGGCUUCAUGAAGCUCAGCCAGGACGACCAGAUCUUGCUGCUUAAGUCUGGUUCGUUCGAGCUGGCUAUAGUGCGCAUGUCCCGCCUGAUCGACGUGCAGCGCGACCAGGUGCUGUACGGAGACGUGGUGCUGCCCAUCAGGGAGUGCGUCAGAGCGCGCCACCCGAGCGACAUGACGCUGGUGAUGUCCAUCUUCGAGGCGGCCAAGUCCAUCGCGCGGCUGAAGCUCACCGAGACCGAGCUGGCGCUGUACCAGAGCCUGGUGCUGCUGUGGCCAGAGCGACACGGCGUGCGCGGCAACCACGAGAUCACGUGUCUGUACAACAUGUCGCUGGCUGCCAUGCAGCAGGAGAUCGAGGCCAACCACGCGCCCAUCAAGGGGGACGUCACCGUGCUCGACACGCUCAUGGCCAAGAUACCUACGUUCAGAGACCUGUCCUUGAUGCACCUGGAGGCUCUCUGCCGGUUCAAGGCUCUUCACCCGAAUCAUCAGUUCCCGGCUCUGUACAAGGAACUCUUCUCUUUAGACAACGUCCUAGACUUCACUCACGGAUAAGACAUGGAAAAGACAUAUUUAUUUCCAUAAAAAAACACAGGACGAUUAUUUUUCUCGUGUCGUUCGAUCUCAUUUUGCCCGAGAGCUGGCAACAUUGAGUGUGGACUGCAAACUUUAAUUUUCGUAAGACUUUUUCGUGCUGGCCGUUUCGUUUAAACUUUUUGUUUCAUUAUUUAAAAAUGGAACGUUGUUUUUGAACGGCCGGCCUCCUGUGAUGUUGCAGACAUCGCUCGCGUAUUGUUAUACUAUUUAUAAUUGUAUGUAUGUACUUUGAGACUGUUAAAUAAUAUUUACGUAUAGUGCGUACGUACAAUGUUAUCAAAUUUUAUUUAAUUCGCAAAUUUAUCGUAGUGUUCAGGGCGAUGUCUGCUAUCUCACUUAAGUUUAAUAAAAGUGUAUUUCGUAUAAUUCGUUAUUAAUUGUAUUUAACACACGUAGAAUACUUGGGAAGCGUUUAACAUCUUGUCUUGUCUAUGGUUAAAAAAACUCUAUACAAAUACAUAAUUUCGCCGUCUUUCGUGCAGUUUUGUUGUGUAUUUUUAUACAGUGAAAGGUAAAAUAUAUGUGUACCUAUACUAACGUAAAAUGUAAAGUACAUAAAAAUGUAUGCGGAGGAAAAGAAUAAUAAUUAUUAUAUUAAAGCUAUUAUAAUAGAAAUAGAGUUUUUAAUAAGAAAUAAAGAGAGUUAUUCUAGCAAAAUAAUGAUCACACAAUAAAUUUUUUGACGUUUACGAAAUGUUUAAUUGAUGUAGUUUUUUUUAAUUAUUUUUAACAGUUUUUUUAAUGAAAGAGAAAUGUAACUUGUUAUUUAUUUCAAAUGAUUAUUAUUAUUGAUGUUUUUCUCUUGAAUGUAGUUUUCGGUUAAGUUGUAACUAUAGGAUACACAAUACUGCCCACUUUUGUAUUUUAAUUUUUCGUUUUUUAACGAAAUUAAGAAAGUGUAAUAUUCAGAAAAAGCUGUAAGUUAAUCUAAACAUAAGUUAAAGUGACGUAUUAUUUUAUAAUGUUUUGAACAACACUCGAACAUUACUAUUCGGUAAUUCUGUUUUUUUCAAUGAAAAUAGUUGAACAAAAAUAGUUCGUAAAUAUUUUAUUAGCAGGCAAUUUUGAUGCAAUGAUUUUUUACAUGUAUUUUUUCAGUAAUUGAUCUCAAAUAUUAUUGUUUUUGACACUAUGUUUUUUUUUAUUUGGUGCCAUGGUCUCAUUUUAAAAUCUGAAUCUAUUAUUUUCUUACAUAAUAACGCAAUCACGCGCAUAAUAAAUAAAAUGUUGCAUGUUAAAACUGCUUAAAAAAGUACAAUGAGUUUUUAGACUUUUACAAUACGUAAUUUUAAUUUUUAAAGGAUUUCUUCUAACUGUUUUAGUCACUACUGACAUAAAUAGAACUUUAUAGAGCUUUUAUUGCUUUUUUUAAUUUAUAAAUUGCCUGCUAAACAUAAAAUAUCAUCUACAUAGAUGACAUAAUUCAUCAUUUUUCUAACACUACGCUAAGUUUGUCGACUAGCCUUUUACUAUAGACUGGUUUAUAAUUAAAUAUAAUAAAAAGUAUAAAUCUUAACUUGUAUUUGUAAAUAGCUAUUAAUCGUAUGUAUUUUAUAUUAAAUAUCAUAAGGUUCGAUGGGUUAAUUUUUAAUUUUACAUUCUGAAAAACAAACUAUUUUCCACUGUGUAUUACGAUUAUCGGACGGCAGGUGAAAAUAUUGUUUUUUUCUUUCUAUAUAUUAUAUAUUUUUUGUUAAAUAAAGCAAUCUGUUAUUGUCUA